GUUUAAGCUUUUCGAUUACUUUGGCGUUGUGCUGCCGGCGGAAGAAAAGCGGGGUAGACGGCAAGAGAGAAGACUCAUGGUGUGGGAUAGAUUUAGUUCAAUAAAUUAAUUAAAUCGUCAAAAUUAGCCUAAUUGCGUAUAGAUGUUAAGUUAAAUGCAGAGACUCGGGACCGGUGGAGGUCGUCCUAGCUGAAACGCUGCUGGCAAGAAGAAGAAGAAAAAAAGGAAGUUGAAACCAAAUUAAAGCAUUAAAUUUAUUUAUGAUAUGAAAUAAAAUAUAAAAGCUAACGUCAUUCCUAUUUUGAAAUUCUAUUACCCGGUUGUUAUAUAUUGAAUCUUUGAGGGGGAGAGAGAGGGGGUGAGGGAGAGAGAGAGAGAGAGAGAGAGAGAGAGAGAUGGCGGCAGUUUUGCUGGGCAAGCUUCUGAUUGCCGUCGUGCUACUGAUGCCGCAUGCGGUGGUUCUGUGCAGUUUUCCCGCCACUCUAACUCUGGAGAGAGCUUUUCCAACAAAUCACAAAGUGGAAAUGAGUCAACUCAAAGCUCGAGAUCGAGUCAGGCAUGGAAGGAUGUUGCAGCAGUCGCCAAGUGGUGUCGUCAGUUUCCCUGUUGGAGGAACCUUCAAUCCAUACCUUGUCGGGCUUUAUUUUACAAGCGUGAAAUUGGGUACACCUGCAACAGAGUACUAUGUGCAGAUUGAUACCGGAAGUGAUGUUUUGUGGGUUGGCUGCACUUCCUGCAAUGGCUGCCCCCAAUCGACUGGACUCAAAAUCCAGCUGAAAGAUUUUGAUCCUAGUAGCUCCUCAACAGCCUCGUUGGUCUCUUGUUCGGAUAAACUGUGUACCCUUGGACAGCAGACUCAAGAUUCUCUCUGUGAUGCACAGAAUAAGCAGUGUACUUACGAUUUCGAAUACGGAGAUGGCAGUGGCACAUCAGGCUACUAUGUAUCAGACUUGUUGCUUCUUGACACAGCCGGCGGUGAUCAGUCUGGUACCUCAAACUCUUCAGCUAAAGUUGUCUUUGGUUGUAGCACCUCAGCAACAGGGGUCUUGCAGAAAACAGCUGCAGCAGUUGAUGGGAUUUUUGGAUUUGGGCAGCAGGAACUUUCCGUCAUCUCCCAGCUGUCUUCACAGGGAUUAGCACCAAAAGUAUUUUCUCACUGCUUUAGAGGAGAUGACACCGGUGGAGGGAUUUUGGUUCUUGGCGAGAUCACGGAACCAAACAUAGUUUAUAGCCCACUUGUCCAGAAUCAGCCUCACUAUAACUUAAAUCUGAAGAACAUUGCUGUUAAUGGCCAAAUACUGGACAUUGCUUCAUCAGUGUUUGCAACAUCGGACACCCAAGGAACCAUAGUUGACUCCGGGACAACUUUGGCAUACCUUGCAGAAAAUGCCUAUGAUCCUUUCGUCAACGCUAUAACAAGCGCUGUUUCACAAUCCGUGACCCCUGUCACCUCUCAGGGAGAGCAGUGCUACAUAGUCACUUCCAGCAUCUCGACUGCAUUUCCUCAAGUUAGCUUGAACUUUGAUGGCAAUGCAUCCAUGAUUCUAAGACCCGAGGACUACCUUUUACAGCAGAACUCUAUGAAUGGUGAUGAAGUAUGGUGCAUCGGCAUCGCAAAAAAUCAGGGUCAACAAACUGUAUUAGGAGACCUCAUCUUAAAAGACAAGAUCAUUGUGUAUGAUUUGGCGAAUCAACGGAUUGGUUGGGCUCAAUAUAACUGUUCACAGUCAGUCAGCGUUUCUACGAAUACAAGUACCGGAACUGCAUCUGUUAGUCCAGGGUCGAUAGACCUUAGUGGUUCAGCGCGCAACGACCCCUUCAAGCUGAUAACAACAAGCGUGAUGGUUUUCCUUGUUCUCACGUCAAUCAUUCACAUUGUCCCAUCGCUGUAGCACUGGACAUAGGCCCUGUUUGGCACCUUAGGGCGACAGAUCUGGGGUUACCAUUCUUGGUUUGAUACUUGUGACGAUUGUGCAGUUUCUCAUGAGUUAACAUGGUAGCAUUCAGCGAGACCACACUCACUUUUACAGAAGUCAUGUCAGCUAUUCUUUACUCUAUUUUCGGUUUUGGUUAGGGUUAUUAUUUCAACAGGCACACAGUACAAGUUUCAUUAUAUUGAUUAGCACCAUUGUAAAUGACAUUCAUAAAUUUAUGCAUUUCAUACAUAUAUAGCAGUGGAUUUUUGCUU